AUGCAUCUAGGUCUCGAAAAGAAAGUUGUCCUCGUGACUGGCGGCACAAAAGGCAUCGGCCGCGCAAUAGUCGCCGGCUUCUUACUAGAAGGCGCAACGGUCCACUUCUGCUCCCGAACGGAAAAGGACAUCACAGCUGCCAACACCAAACUCGCCUCCGACUUCCCCUCCGCCAAAGCCCACGGAUCCGUCGUCGAUGUCUCCAAACUAGAUGAUCUUAACGCAUGGGUAGAAUCCUGUGCCAAAGAAAGUGGUCAGAUCGACGUUGUCGUACCCAAUGUUUCCUGCUUCGCAAUGAAGAAUACGCGGGAAGACUGGCAAGCGUGCUUCCAUACGGAUAUGCUUGCCUUGUGGUCUAUCAUCCAGACUUCGCUUCCGUACUUGGAGAAGACGAAGGGAAAUGUGGUCACCAUUUCUUCUGUUACGGGCCGAGAUGUAGAUUUCACGGCUCCAAGUCCGUAUGGGGCGAUGAAAGCGGCGGUGGUGCAUUAUACGGCGCAGCUAGCGCAUACGAUGGCUGGAAAGGGGGUGAGGGCGAAUUGUGUCAGUCCCGGGAACAUCUACAUAGAAGACGGGGUGUGGGGCGAUAUCGAGCGGAAUUUACCUGAUCUAUUCAAGAGCCAGAUGGCGCUUAAUCCCAUGGGACGGAUGGGCAAGGCGGAGGAGAUUGCAGAUGCGGUGGUGUUCCUUGCUAGUCAGCGGGCGAGUUUCGUUUCGGGCACGAAUACUGUCGUGGAUGGGUCUUUGUGUACUGGUGUGCAGCUAUGA